CGGAAACGUGCAGAGACACUUUCCAUUUCACAUCUCACCAGGCUGCGCGGGGGCGAGGGUGUUGCCGUGGCAGGGAGCAUGGAUGGAGCCCAUGAGAUGGCAGAGGGGGUUGCGUACGCCGACAUCUACUUCCCCCCACCAGCCCCGACAGCAGCCCUGCAGCGGCUCCCCGCAGCCCCCUGGCAGCGGGUGGCUCUCGGCCUGGCUCUCCUGUGCACCCUGCUCCUGGCAGCGCUGCUCAACCUGGGCCUGCACCGGCAAGUGGGGAGCUGUGCCCCGAAGCUGAGGAGCAUGGAGGAGAGCCUCGAACACAGGAUACAGCAGCGGGAGAGGUUUCUGCCAGGACGGUGCCAGUUCUGCCCUGCCAGCUGGCUCUGGGACGCUGGGAAGUGCUAUUACUUUUCUUCGGCCAAGCAGGACUGGACCAAGAGCAAAGAGGAUUGCUGCUCCCGAGGCGCCCAGCUUGUCGCCAUCAGAGCCAACGCCACACUGGCCUUCCUGCAGCGUGUGUCCAAGAGCAACACGUUCCACAUCGGGCUGAAGAAGGAGCAUGCCAGGCUUGACUGGAAGUGGGUGGACAGCUCCGGACUGAACAGGCUCUUCCCAGCGACACGCUCCACCGCCUCCUACCUGGCUUGUGGGAGGGUGUCGGGCCAUGGUCUGUUGGACGGGUCGUGCACAGACCCCUGCCGCUGGGUCUGUGAGCAGAGCGCCCUCACCUUGCAGUGGGGCCAUGGCUCUGCCCCUCCCACUUUCCUGUGGUGGAACACGACCUACACCUGCAUCGAUCCCCAGUGAGACCGGCUGAGGGCCCAGCCCCGGGACCCUGCACCUGGUGACCUGCUCCCCUCUACUCCCAGUCCUCCUCCCCUCCUGGGAGCCCAGUGAUCCAUACACCCCCAUGCCCCAAGAGCCUGCUGCGCUGUCUCCCCUCCCCAGACUGCCCCGCAACAGGAAGCCUGCUGCCCAGGCCCAGACCCCCCGAAACGAAGGCCCCACACUCCUGCCUCCCCAAGUCUCCUGCUGUCCAGGACAUGCCCUGCAGCGUGCUCUGCCACGCACAGCCCUUGCCAGCGCUGGCUUUGUCUGAUACUGGGCUGGAGCGCAGGGCAAGGCAGGGCACGGCAUGGCAUCGACACACGAAGAGCAGCAGCUCCUGGCACAUCCCGGCCUUAGCCCAGUCCAGUGGCCCCCAGGUCCUGCCCAAGCCUAACGGUCAGAGCAAUCACCAGAUCAAGCCCCUGCUCCACCAGAGCCAGAUUGUCGCUCUCUGGCCGCCCGACAGCUGUGCUCCUCUGGGGCAAUGCAGACCGCAGAGUCCAGGGCACAGUGCGUGAGCUGGGACCCAGCAUG